UGUACCCAAUCUCUCUUAUUUCUCCGUCUGUCACUCCGACACGUGGUGCAACGACGGAUCAUGCGGCCGGGACACAUGUACAGCACCCAAUUGCCCACGCGCUGACCAGCCGCCCAGCGAAUCGCCGAGCUUGUGGCGUUGCGGGGGCGAGUUGGAGAACGCUGUGGAGAGCAACGGCUAUAACAUCGGCUCCAACUCUGAUCGUUGAAACCUCGACCACACCCCGGGCUCCACUGCUGUUGCGCGGUCGACGACUAGAAUAUUAUGUCUGCCACUGAGACGCAGCCUGUCACUGCUGGACCUGACGAUUCCGGGGAGCCGGCUCAGAAGAGGGCCAGAUCUUCAGAUGGGGCCGCUUCAGCUGGAGAGCCGUCAUCCACGAAUGGAACCGGCGGCGCCAGCGAUCCAGCAGGGCCGACCAUCAAUGGUAUCCCGGCCAGCCAGAGGUUGUACAGUUGCGGCAAGUGCUCGAAGAGUUAUGCACGACUAGACCAUUUGUCUCGCCACGUGCGCAUGCACACUCAAGAAAAGCCCUACCAAUGUCAGAUAUGCACCAAGGCUUUUGCGCGAGCCGACUUGCUCAAACGACAUACUCUCGGCCAUUCGAAAGAUGACCCGCAGUCGAAGCCAUCCAUCAUCCAGCACAGCCGGGUAUCGCAGGCCUGUGAGGCUUGUGCUGGACUACAUCUGAAAUGUGAAGAAGAGAAGCCUUGCAAGCGUUGCACGAAAAAGGGCAUCCAUUGUAAUUACACAGCGAACUUCCCUCCUGGGAUGAACUCGCCCCAGGACAAUGGCUUCGGAGCGGAACAGCAACAGUAUGGCGAGCACAUGCAACAGAUGCAAAGCAUGCCCCAGUCAAGCAUGCAACAACAUGAUAUGGCUUCCAUGCAGCAGAUGCAGCCAAUCCAGACGCCGCCACUCCAACAGCACCAUAGACAUUCGUACUCACAGCCGAACAUUCACAUGCCUGCCAUGCAGAUGACCGAGCCACCUAUACAGCACCAGCAUUCCCAACAGCCACCAGCACCGAUGGCAAUAGACCCAGCGAUGCUGCCGCCGCAGAAUUCCGCACCGAACAUGUUUGAUUAUCUUAGAGACAAGAUGAUGCCUCAAGGCAUGCAGCACACCGGGGUACAGAUGAUGGACUAUCAAACCGGUCCAUGGACACCUCGCGAGCUGUUCGAUUUUGGUGUGGACACAAACAUGGAGCUCAAUGAUGUGGAUCUCAGCUUCCUGGAUUCUUACAACAACACCAAUCCUUUCGACCUGCGGACCCCCAGCGCCGGCUUUCCCACCGGAACUUCAGACAUCGUGCCUACCUUCACAUCUGCGCCUACUUCUGUACCUAUUGACACUAAUGCGCUCCCGAAAGCUUCUGUGUGGCGAUUUCGGCCCCUCGAGAAGGAUUCGGGAAGCGCAGAGCAAGCGAACUUGUCACUGCCAACACCAACAAGUUUGGACAUUGAUCGACGUGUUACAGUUGAAGCAUUGUCUCAGACCUCUCGCGACAGAAUUUUGGCACUGGUCCUGAGCACUUGUAAGCCCAACAGUAUACCUCGGGCAGUGGCCUGCUUCCCAUCAGUGGGCCUACUGGACAGUCUAUUCCAAUUCUCCUUGACCAGCCCUGGCUCACACGCUAAGCACUGGAUACAUGCUCCGACCCUACUUGCCGAUCAAACAAGGCCAGAAGUUCUGGCUGCCAUCUGCUCUGCUGGGGCGGUGCUGACCCCGGAUGGGUCAAUACGCAAAGUCGGAUAUGCUAUUCAAGAAGCAAUCAGAACUGCAAUACAAGUACAUGUCGAGGAUGAUAAUACUCUCAUGAGAGAUCUGCAAAUAAUGCAGGCGUCUCUGUUACAACUGAAGAUCGGUCUGUGGAGCGGCAAUUCACGCAAGAUGGAACUCGCAGAAGGAUUUCAACAGGUCCUCGUCACAAUGGCACGCCGCAGCGGAUUGUUUAGACGUGGCACAUAUGAGCGAAUCGUGCCAAAAGCAGAAGAUCAUGGCGAGGUCCUAGAAAGCAAAUGGAGACAAUGGGUCAAGCAGGAGUCUCGAAAACGACUCGCACUGCAUCUCUUCAGACACGACCUCGAGGCUUCUGUAUCAGUAUUGAGCAGUCCUCUGAUCUCGUACGCAGAGCUCUACUUGCCACUUCCGGAGUCGGAGAGCCUCUGGCACUCGCCCACUGCGGAGUCCUGGAAGGCAACGUAUAUGCGCAACGCGGGGCCAACUUCAGAUCGCCAACCCUCCCUGGUGGAUUGCAUACAAGAUCUGGACAUUCUUGCUGUGCGGGACAUUUUUGUCGACCAGCGUCAAGCAAGCAUGGCAGUCCUUGGAGCCGCGUGGCGUAUGAUCUGGGAGUAUCGACAGCUCGACUCAUCGCUCAAGAACAAUGCCAAUCAAUGGUCGAACGGCAACAUGCUUAUGCAGAGUCGGCAUAACGAGUUGACAAAGUUGCUUCAAAAUUUCCGAAUCAGCUCAAUAGAGGAUACGAAGAUUACAUUGAUCGUCGAACUUCUGCUAAUGCAUUUGCACAUGUCCUUAGAAGACGUGCAACUCUUCGCAGGAGUGGAAGGUGAAGAAGAAUCACGGAGAGUCUACCCUUCUCUUGUGCAAUGGACUCGCACAACAACUGCAAGACAAGCUCUAUGGCACGCCGGACAAGUCUUACGAGCAGCUCGAGAUCUCCGACCAGGUUUGGUAUGCGACUUCGCAGCCAUCGCAGUCUAUCAAGCUAGUCUGGCAUUCUGGUCCUACGGCAUCAUCACCAGAGCGACCGAACCCGGACCAGUCGCCAACAACACUCCGAUUGCGUUCUUGGACGGGAGCGAUGAUAAUGGUAUCCAGAGAUGGAUCGUUCACGGAAAAGGCAAUGCGGCAAUCAGAGUGUGGACCAACAGUGGUGAAACACCAGUCAUGCUUUCGAAUCCAGACGAAGUUGUUGGCGCCGUGGUCGUCAUCAUGCGAGCGAAUCAUCACGAUACUAGGAACCCUCCACUUGUGGAUAAUUUGAUUAAUAUUAUGGAAGGAUUGCGAAAGGCUGCUAGAACAUGAAAAAGAAAGAGAUCUUGUGAAAGGGCUGGUUUGAGAACUGUGUAUAUUCUUUCUGCGUUGCAGCGUGUAUUAGUGGUGGUGUAGAUAUUGUUCAGAAAGGUACAUGCGAGCUAUUCUGAAACAUAUUUCACAAUUCGUCUCUUUUCUGUUUCGAUGACUUCUCUUGGUUAAACAUCUGCAACCACUUUCUCACUACACGAAUCUCCCACUCGUGCGCCGCUCGAAUAAACUGUGGCUCUGCAGAUACGUCUUUGAUUCCGUAGGAAUCCCAAUGAUGCCCUGCACC